AUGGAUACAAACGAAGGGAUUCCCAAGAGGAGAGCGACCAACGAGAGGGACGACCAAGAUGAUCCAAAUGCUUCUGCUAAUAAGGUCAAAGAUAAAAGGAUAUCUAACGAGAUUAAGAUACUGAAUGCAUCAAAGUUUAGGAAUACAUUCACCUUCGAUGAACAAAGAAGACUCUUUACUUUUGCUUUUGAUAUGAAGAUAGUCGAUAAGUUUGGAACUGAUCUUGAGAAUAGCGAGUUUCCUAAUGGAUAUCAAUUUAAGGUGUUUAUUGACUUGACUAAUCAGUUCCCUUUCAAUCAUCCUCAAAUAAAAUUCUCUUGUGAUUUGAACCAUCUUGUUUUUGAUGUCAAUAAGCUAAAUUUUCAGGAAAUAAUGCAAGAAAACUGGCAUCCAUCUUUAAGAGUCCUUGACGUGGCUGAGAGAGCAGAGAGAUUUAUUUUACCAAUGAUAUCAACUCGUUUUUCAAAGCAAGCAGAUUAUUGACCAAUAAAUCAAUUGUUUACAACUGUUAAAAGUUCUAUCCUUGCAAAAGUUGUGAUUAUUUUCUCUGCAGUGUUUAUUAGAUUAAUCAGUAACUUGCUGUACUAUGACAGAACUUUCUUGUCUCAUUUCAACACCAUAAUUCAUACACAAAAGCAUCCGGUAGAAGACUGGUAUUCAGAAGACGGUCAUCAUGAGUUCCAGAAUUAUCCUCCACUGUAUGGAUAUCUUUACUGCCUAAUUGGGUUGAUUCAAUCGUAUCUCAUGGAUACUAACCACUCUGAGAUAACAGACUCUUCUCAUGAGAUAUCACCUUCAGAGUCAGUUCAUUUUAAGCUUCACAACUACAUUUGUAUAUUGAUGUUGACUUUAUUCGAGGCCUUGACGUUAUACUCAGGAGUUUAUAUGUGAGUCAAGUCUUUCUACAGGAAGCUGAAUGAUAGAGUAAAGCAUUCUAUUAUCUUGAUCAUUCUUCUCUGUCCAGCAUAUCUGAUAGCUAAUGUGCUGGCAGUCCGGUUCAACUCUAUCAUGAUAGGGCUAAUGAUAUGGUCACUUUACUUUUGCAUUAAUUCAAUUCCGACUCUUUGUGUAUUAUGUGCCACACUUGGGAUCCAUAUUGAGCCUAAGGCGUUUAUAUUUGUCAUUCCAAUGAUGAUCUAUACAAUGAAGAACCAGAUUUUGAACAAUCCAAUGUUCGCAAUGGACUGGCAGAGAGAUAUCCCUCUUCUAAUGCAGCGGCUUACUGAGAAGUCAUUCCAGGUGUUCACUACAUAUACUUCAUUAUUCAUAUCUUGUGGGUUUAUAUGGCUCCCAUGGAUCAUUCAUGAAGACCUUGGGCUGAUGCUCGAAGUUAUAAGAAACUCCUUCUUUCCAAGAUUCUGGGAAUCUCCGCAAGGGUUUGUAGGACUCUUCCUAUUUAUAUACUGUUUUGGUCAGAAUGUACAGUCAAUUCUUGCUAAAAGUUCUGACUCUAGGAUGUUAUUGAUCAUCUUCAAUCUUGCUACAGCUUAUGCUGUGUUUAUUGAUAUGAACGCAGAUAGUAUUUCUGUAGUGAUUACAACAGCAUUUUUGGCAUUUUAUGAGCUGAAGGAGGUCAUGCUAUGAAUCAUUAUUACUUCUUUGUACUCAAUAUAUCCAGAUGUAAAGAGGUUCGACUGUUAUGGCCUGUAUAUAUUUUCUUCAUUGGUCUAUGUGAUACUUGUUAAGAUCAAGAUAAGCCAUCUAGAUUUGACAAAUAAUCAGAUAGAGCCUGAUGUCCUCCUUGUGCCAAAGAAUACUGAUGCUAAUAUCGAUGAUGAUCUGUGAAAAUAUAGGGAUUAUGGAUGCAAUCAUAAAUUAGUCCUUCCUAUAGUUACAGAUAAUAGCGAUCAUCCAAUUUUGGGAGCUUUUGUUAGACAUUCAACAAUAGUAGAGAUUCUAUUAGCUAUUUCUUUAUGAGGAGCAAUUGCGAUAGAAAUGGGAACAGGAAAUACCUUCCUUCAUGGCUACAUUAUGAGAAUUCUAUUACUCUUCUGGCUGUUGUUAUCGAUAAUCAUUCUCAAAGAAGAUCUGAAGGGAAACAAGAAGGAAGCAUUUAAGAUUCAGCCAAAGGAUAAAAGCAAUUAGUUUUCAAUCUUGCUUGAAAA